UGCCAAUAUGGCGACGCUAGUGUUAUGAGAUGACAACAUCGUAGUUUGUGUCCUAUUUAUCGUUAUUUCGAUGUUAAAAUCAAUAGUAAUUAUCUACCUCAAGCGUUCAAAGAAAUUUGGUAAUUAUAAUGGUAAUCGUUUUGAUAUGAUACGUGUUUUGACGAUUGAUUACGCGUCAUAAAAUUGGUGAGGAAAUAGUACUUCGCUCCUGUAAAAAUGGCGGGUGUGUUAUCUUGAACUGUGUUUUUAUUCCCGUCAGGGAAAGUCAAAGAAUGAUUGUAUAGUGGUCGUAAGAUAAAUCGAGUUGUGUGCGUCAUAAAGUUAGCCGCUAGGAGUCGGCAUGCGUUGCGUGCUGUGCUGUUUUGACAUUUGGAGACGUGAUUGAUUUGAGAGUGCAGGUGUCAUCGCUUUUGAUGAAAUUAUCAGUAUGUCGCGCUGGGGCAGAGGCCGAAGCGGCAGUGUGGCCGUGCCGUUGGAUAGUGCCCUGUUUAGAGAGAACAGCAAUUGCCCGACAGCAGCUCGUUCCGCGGGCACCGUCGGCAAGUGGGGCAUUACCAGCUUUACGUCAAUCAGAAGUGCUCCCUACGCAUUUGGGAACAAUGUUGUUAAGAAGCCAGUUCAAGAUCAAAAUAGUCCACUGACAGUGCCAGCUGUUGAAACAGAGCAGCCACCACCAAAGCCGAAGAAAUUCUUCAAGUCUCGAAAUGCUGAACUGUACCCACCAGUCCCAACUAUCACUUACGCCCCACCGGUUCCCGCAGCACCAUUGUCACCAGAACAUUCAUCUAACAGUCGGGAGAAGAAAACAAACAAGCGAAGUAGAGUGUACAACAGAGAUUCAUCAUCUCCAGAGUUACCUCGGCGUUCCGAUAAGACAAAAGCUAAGAAAGGUUCAGUUGCAACUAAAGCUUCUAGAAAGGAGGAUGCAGGAGGACCGGGUGAAAAUACCCAACCACCAAACAAGAGGUACCUGGUUAGAAAUCGUGAUAAAGUGAUAAAUUAUGCAGAAGAUGGUAGUAACAGUCCUAUUCCAGAUUUUAGUAGUUAUGAUCGACCCCUGCCAUCUGCUAAAAUUGCAUCACCAAAAACAAGUCCUUUGGUAGCAAGCCCUACACCUGCAAAAGUUGAUGUUGCAAGUCCUUCCACUAGUAAAGAUACUAGUGAGGAACGUAAACCACCUCCAAUAGUACUCAGAAUAUCUAAAGGAACAUCAAGAAUUGUUAGCACUGAUUCAAAUGAAGGUUUUACAUCACCCAGUUCUGACAGACACUCCUCUAUGGAUACACAUUCUGACAUUGGGUCAGAUCAUAAAAAGAGUCCUUCAGUGGAAACAAUAUGUUCACCUAAGCAUGAAGGUCUUAAAAUUACAAUCAAGUGUUCAGGGCUCAAUCAAGAAAGCAAAAAAGAAAAGAAGAAGGAGAAGAAAGAACACAAGUCUCACAAGCGCCAUCACAAAAGUUCAGAUGAUGAACCUUUGAAGAAACCGGCUUCCCCUGUACCAGGCUCUGAUGCAUAUGAUUUAUACAAGACUCUGGCAUCUCCCGUUCGUGACGAACCUAAAACAAAACAGCUUCCAGUUGAUGAUAUUGAAUCACAAUUGGCAAAAUUGGAUUCUGGCCCAGCCACCAAGUCACCUAGACUUGAAGUUCAACCAAAAGAACUCCCACCAGAGCCAAAGCCUCCUGAAAGCACUUCAGGUAGAGCAAGAAGAAACAGACCCAACAUUAAUUACAGUGAAAAUGAUGAUUAUUUGGAUGCCAUUACUUCUCGUGUUGCUACUAAACAGGGGACUAAAACGGUAAGUGACAUUAAAAAGGAAGGCAGAAAGGGAAGGAAGAAACAUGAAGCGGCAAUAGCUGAAGCUGCCGCUGCAUCUGCAGAAGAACAUAAUGAAGUGGAUGUAGAAAAGGAAUCUCAAGUGGACAAGAGUGACCUGAUUAACAUCUUGUCUGGUGGAGAUAACAAACCUCAAGAAACUCACAAAAAACCACAUAAAAAGCAGAAGCACAAACAUUCACAUAGUAAACACUCCAGUCCUGAUCAUGCCUCGCAGACAAGUCAAGAGACAGUUCAAGACAAUGAAGAUCAAGAUGACAUUGAUAACAAUGACCAUCAGGACGCUCCACAAGAUGAUUAUCAGACAGAGAGUAGUUCACAAGAGGCUCCAUUAGAGGAAAACCCAACACAUAUGCAACAAAACACACAUUCUUCCGAUUCAGCUUACAACAGUUGUCCUAAUGAAUACUCUGAAGAGGAGCUGAAUAAACAGCCAGAUGAUGUGUUUAAGUCUCCUCAUGGUGUGGGUGAGCCUGAUGAUCAGAUGGAUGACAAGCCAAGUGUCAAGUUGGUGAUCACCAAGAAGAAAGGUUCAAUAUUCAAGAGUAAAUCUCUGGUAAAUGACAAUCCUUCACCGCUGCCAGCAAGGAAAAGACGCCAUCUCUACAGACAUGAAUGGGCUAAUGAUAAAGGAAAUGAGACACCCAGGCCAGAGCAGCAGGAGACAGCUGAAGUGAGGAAUCCCGUGAGCAAAGUGCCUGAAGAGCUGACUCGAGUUACAAAAUACCGAGCACCUGACCUGGUGGUGGAUGGACCUGAGACUACAGAGGCUGUCAAACCUUACACCAGUGUCAGAUGUGCUAAGGAAGCUAAAGAGUACUACACAGUGGUCAGAAAUGUGAAGAAAGCACAUCAGAUACAAGAAAUUGGUGAAUUCCAGGAGUUCAACGAUGAUGUGGAAUAUCUCCUGGAUGCUUUACAGGACAACAACCCGAUCUCGACGCGUUGCCUCUCGGCCAUCACGCUGGCGAGCAAGUGCACCGCGCCCGCGUUCCGCAUGCACCUGCGCGCGCACGGCACUGUGCAGAAGUUCUUCAGUGCGCUACACGACGCUACCAACGAUCAGAGCCUCGGCCUGUGCACGGCGACGGUGAUGUUCGUGCUGUCGCAGGACCGGCUCAACAUGGACCUGGACCGCGAAUCGCUCGAACUCAUGUUGAACCUACUGGAAUCCGACGUUUCACACAAAAAUGCGCUGGACGACUGUGGACUCACAUCAGCUCAACUAACGAAGACACAGGAGAGGGUUCGGGAGCUCUGUGCCGAAAUCAAGAGCCAAGGGAAAGCUACGCAUUUAGAUUUGGACAAUAUCACCGUGGGCCACCUAGCCAUGGAGACCCUGCUGUCGCUGACGUCGAAGCGCGCGGGCGAGUGGUUCAAGGAGGAGCUGCGCGUGCUGGGCGGCGUGGACCACAUCGUGCGCACCAUCCAGGACUGCGCCGCGCGCCUCACGCCGCCCGCCGCGCCCGACCACCCCGCCGACUGGGCCGACCACCACCUCGACCUGCUGAGGAAGGCCGACCGCUGCAUGCGCGUGCUCGAGAAUGUGACGCAGCAGAACGAGGACAACUGCAUGUACCUGCUGCGCUCGCCGCUGGCGGCGGCGCGCACGCUGUGCUGGCUGCUGCGGCGCUGCGCCGGCGCCGCGCGCGCCGCGCUGGCGCCCGCGCGCCGCGCCGCGCACGUGGACGCCGCGCUGCCCGCCAUCAAGGUGCUCGUCAACCUCUCGCACGCCUUCGGGACCGCUGCCGCAGGUUCACUUGGUGCUAAGAUAAUAGGAGAACAACCUUCAGUGAUGGAGAUCUGUCUCAUCAUACUCAACAACCAAGGGAACUUCAUACCUGACGAUAGAAAUUUCGAAUUUAGUGUUUGCGUACUGAUGCUGCUGAUCAACCUGGUCCAAAACAACGACGUGAACACGUCCCGCCUGUGCGCGGCGCGCGUGCGCGUGGACAAUGACGACGACAUCAUCUCGCGCAGCCUGCCUGCGCUCGACCUCAUCGUCGACCUCUUCUACAAGCGGGAGGACCUCGCCAGGCGGGCUGAGGAGAACACAGACGCUCUGCUGGACGGAGAGAAGGACAAGGAUAAGAAGAAACAGUCUCAGGAUGAUAUCGACGAAACUGUUGCUAAAUUGCUGGCCCGCGCCGGCACGCACAUGGAGCACACGAUGGUGGGCGCGUACAUGGCGCUGCUGCUGGGCAACAUGGCCGUGGCGGGCGCGCCGCACGCCGCCGCCGUGCGCGCGCUCGUGCCCUCCUACGCCGCGCUGCUGCCCACGCUCAAGAAGUACUACGCCUUCCUCUCGCUCACCGCCAGUGCGGAAGCAGCUAUAGUAGCGCACGUGAAAGCGACGCAACGCAUCAUCGAGUUCAUGGAGGCCAGCGACAAGGAGGCCGCGCAGCCCGCGGCCGCGCCAGCGCCCCCCGCCGCGCCCUACUACCCCGCGCCGCCCUGCGACGUGCCGCAGGACAUGUCGCUCAGCAACCUCAACUACAUCAACUACUCCUCCUCCGGCUCCGACCGCAUGUCCUCCUCAAUGGAACUCGACCCCUACCACUGAGGACGGCCCCGCUCGCUAUCAUCCCCCAAAACACCCGAAACAACCCACAUUGGGAAAUAUACGUGUUAUAUCGCUGUGUUUUGUGUGUGUUGAAAGUACUAUUUUUGGUGUUGUCGGUGAUCAAACUCCGAGUCGUGUUCGACAUAACGUUAGCAAUAAUAUUCUCACCGGAUCAUUUCGGAUCUUGAGUUAUGACUAAAUUAAGAUCCGUGCGAUUGGAUAUGUAAAUAUGAAAGUAAUCGUCUGUCGAGUCCCUGUAUAUUGUAAUCCCGCGUCACGACGGAGGAGCCGUCGCCGCUGGUACCGGACCACCCUCGCGACGUUGUCGGGCUGACCCCGGCUCGGUCACCUCCCAUCGUUUUGUAUCGAUACUUUUCCUUUCGUUGAAGUAUUGUUGUAAAUAUAAUCUGUUAAGAACUAAUUACAUAGUUUCGUUAAACAUGGAUAUGGGUUAUGAAUUCUUAAUUAAAUUGAGAUAUUCCGAGUUUAAGUCGCGAACUGGCAAUAUGAGAGUGCAAAAAUAGUCGAGUAAGUGUAAAAUAGAUAUGUAUUCAUUUAUAUGAAUAUUGUGUCUGCACUUUUUUGUACCAUACCGCUCCAGGGGAUUACAAAUUUAGCGUAUCGUUUUAAUGAGGCACAAUUCUUUACUGUAAAUACAUUUUAGCUAGUACGAAUAGUUGGUUCUUUGUUGAGUGAAAUAGGAGUAGUUGGGUUGGUGCGUGCGCGCGGAGGCCGCGCCGCGAUCAAAUUAUAUUUGUACGAGUAGGUGUGCGCCGGCGCCGGCCGGCCGCGUCAAUGUACAAACACUAACGUCGUUAGUUGAGAGAAUGAUUUAUGCAUUAGGAAAUAAAUAGGACAAUUUUAUGAUGUUGGAAUUUAAACCGAUAGUUGAUAGACGUAAGACAGCGAAUGAAUGAUAUUACUAAUUAUUUUAACACGUUUCGUGUUCUUGAAAUUUCUCAACCUGACUGAUUGUCCACUAGAGAAGAUUCGGAAUUUAAUUUUUGAUGGCUAGCUUAUAUUGACGUAUCGAAAGGCACAUGAACUACUUAAUGAACCUUGAUUUAUUUGGCGUUCAAAGACCUCCAGAAUCUGAGAUGAAAUGAAGUUAUUAUAUUGAUGGCUAAAUUGUUUUUAUUUAUUAGACAAACGAGAUUGUCUGUAGAUAGAUCAUUGCCACUAAAUGAAGUUUUUCCCCGCGCGUCCCGGCCGCCGCGGCGGUGGCCGCGCCUGCGCAGUGCGCCGCCGACAGCUGCCGUCAAUGCCGACAUUUUCUGACAGCUUUACUUAUUUUAUAAGAUUUUAUGUUGAACUAUACUAAUCAAGUGGCGGUCAUAAUUCGUAGAAUUGUUUAAGGACUGCGACAUUUUGGGAUUUUUGUAUUUUAUUUAAAAGACUAGGGAAUUCCUUCGUGUUUGUUGUACAGCUAUUGCGAUUCUUAUUGCCUAAAUUUAUAUUUACGUAAUUUAUUGAUCUAUGUAUGUAUAACUAAGUGUAGCCCUUAAAGUGCAUUUCGUUAUGAAAUUACACCUUUUUAUCACACCAGCGUUUUGAAUAUAGUAUGUUGUUUUAGACUAUCACGAGAGUUUGAUAUCUUGAGAAAUUAUUAUUGUAUAUGUAACGUGUAAUUAUGUUAUAAAGUAUUACGUGUAAUUAUUAAAAGAAGGACAAUUUAAAUACA